AUGGAUUAAGAAUAAAAGAAAAAUAAACUUAUGAAUAUUUAUAAGUAAGUAUUGCUAUAAUUAAUUAUUAGAGAAUCCUAGAAGAUAGAUAAUAAAUUGAAAGUUUAAAAUCUUUAUUCUCUUAAAAGUAUUCUAAAUGAAUUAUCAAAAUAAUAAAAGAAAACUCCAAGUACAUCUUUGCAUACAACGGCAAGUAAAAGAAACUAAGAGUCAAAAUUAAAAAUAACUAAUUUAGCAUCCUCUCCUAAAACUAGUUAUCGUUCUACUUUGCAAUUAACCAAAAGAAAUCAAUGGAUAGAUUUAAUAAACUAACAAUAUUAACAAUAUAUUCAGUCUGAUUAAAUUGCCAUCACUGAAUAUCGGUAUAAUUACAAUUCAACUUAGAACAAUCUCAUAAAUGAAUACAAUUUUAAUAUCUGACUGGAAAUAACCCUAUUAUUCUAAUGAAACUCAGCACAAAUCUAAUAAUCUUGUAUUUCAGCAUUAACAAAUCACCGAUUAAGGAAAUUGGAAAGAAAUGUUAUCCAAGAAAUUAUAGAAGAG